AUGUUGCGUGUAGAGCUGGCUGUUGUCGUUAGUUUGGGUUUAAUCGUAUCAGCGUUCGGCCAUGGCCGUCUGAUUGAUCCCGCGAGUCGUAACGCGGCUUGGAGGUACGGUUUUGACAAUCCGGUGCACUUCACAGACAACGAGUUAAACUGUGGUGGAUUCAGUCGUCAAUGGAACAAAAAUAACGGGAAGUGUGGGGUAUGCGGGGACCCGUACGAUAUCAAAAAACCGGAAUUCAUCCACCCUGGUAAAUACGCCAAAGGCAUCAUCACCAAGACUUACAGAAAAGGCCAGGAGGUUGAAGUUAAGGUACACCUCACUUCGAACCACAAGGGUUUCUUCGUUUUUCGUGUAGGGAAUAUUGGCAAACCUCCCAUUACAGAAGAAAAGCUGACGUACGUUCUAAAGCAACGCAAUGGCCAGACGAAAUGGAUUUUACCUAACAAUUUGAACACAGUCUUCACAAUCCAGCUACUGCUGCCCACGGGUCUGACAUGUGAUCACUGCGUGAUGCAGUGGUGGUACAGCGCGGGAAACAACUGGGGGUGCGAUGGAGAUGGAACGUGUGGCAACGGGCAUGGACCACAGGAAACUUUUGUGAACUGUGCUGACAUCAAAAUCACUGGAUAGAUGUUUCUCUCGAGAUGAUGCCCCGAGAUAAUUGAAAAACUAACUUUGUAUUGAAAUCAGGGAAUGUAAUAGGAAAAACGUAGAUAAGUGAGUAAUAAAGAGAGUAAUGAAGUGAUACCACUUGAGUUCCAUCAGGGCUAAUUUUGCAUACUUGUAAAUGCUGUUUGUCGCAGUUGGAACAAAAAAUAUAUAUUAAAAAAAGUAAAAGAUGCCUUUCUUGUCUGAGUUUUCUCUUACCGUAUUUUUUGCGUCUGAAACAAACUUAAAAAGUGUUACGCGCGUUCCGAAAAUGUCUCUUUCCCUAUCCUGAGUGUGUAUCGUACGCCUUUUGUUUUACGGUACAUGUUCUGUACAACCUAUCAAUGUCAGUCAUGUCAAUCUUGCAAUGUCGCUUCGACACAUGUAUGUAGUUGAGUUAGGAAUGCAGUGAGGUUCAGCUGCUCCCUCUAUUCACGAACAACGACAUGAAAUCACUGUGUGUGGCUGAAUAAACAACUAACAAAGUAGUUUACCAAUGCCAUCUUCCAUAUUAUUUCUAAAGUCUCAAUUAUAUGAUACAAAGCUCUACAACAGGACCUCUACGUCAAGAACUCACUACUCACUCACGUGCGUAUUUUCAGAAAGAGAUUCUUUGAACCACUGUUAGGAAAAAACCGGCGUAAAACUGAUGUCAGAUUCAAUUUGAUUCUUAAAUGAUCCUUGCUUUUUAAAAAAUAUAGGGAAUCAAUAAGUGUUCAGCUGUCCAGGGUGUAGCAGCUACUUCCUAGGUGACGUGGAGGACGCACAAGAUGUGUCAAUUCAGGAAGUUCAGCUGCUCUGACUUUCCUGACUUGUGUUCACUGAAAGCUGACGUUUUAUAUCCAGUUCUUUUAGUUUGCUCUCAUAUUUCUUACUGCAAGACCUCCCGAUCAUGUUUCUCACAGAGUUGAGUUUUGUUCUAAGCGUAAGCUUAAUCGUAUCAGUAUCUGGCCAUGGCCGCUUAAUUGAUCCCGCCAGUCGAAAUGCUGCUUGGAGGUAUGGCUUUGACAAUCCACCCCACUACACAGAUAACGAGUUGAACUGUGGCGGUUUUAAUGUCCAGUGGAGCACCAACAAAGGGAAGUGUGGAGUAUGUGGUGACCCUUAUCAUAAGAAGGAACAGCCCCACGUUUAUCCUGGAAAAUAUGCCAACAACAGAAUCAUCACGAAGACUUAUAGAGAAGGCCAGGAGAUGGAUGUAGUUGUGGAACUUACUUCGAAUCAUCAGGGGUUCUUUGUGUUUCGCGUGGGUAAGAUUGGCAGUCCUCCCAUUACACAAGAAAAGCUGAAGUAUGUUCUGAAGCAACCGAACGGACAAGAAAAGUGGAAGAUAACCUCCCAUGGAAAUGAUGUGUUCAAGAUCAGGCUUGUGUUACCCAAAGGCCUAACAUGUGAUCAUUGCGUGAUGCAGUGGUGGUACACUGUGGGAAAUAACUGGGGCUGCGAUGCAGAUGGGUGUGGCUUAGGUCACGGACCGCAGGAAACUUUUGUGAACUGUGCUGAUAUUAGGAUUACGGCCAGUGAUGGUAGCGUAGCAACCAACCCACCCUCUCCACAGACAGAACAACCCCCUCCUCCCACACAAGCGCCCCUUCCUUCUACACAAGCGCCCCUUCCUCCUACCCAGCUUCCUGUGACGACUAUGCCUCUUCCCACAGAUGCCCCUAAUCCAAGCGGCUGCAAGGCGACGGGAGCCUGGGCUGGACAAACGUCUAUAGACCACUGGUGCGUGGUGAAUUGUGGGAAUGGGUACUGUCCGGCUCAUAUGUGCGUGUGUAAUUAG